UUGACAAAUUGACAUAAUGUUCUGACAAAAAAGCCGAAUCGUGUUUUGAAAGAAAAUUAAGUUUAUUUUAUUAAUUGAAUACGGCAUUUAAUUCUAACAAUAACAUUGCAUUUGUUGUACACCUUUGAAUCAUUAACACAUUUCUUUACUUUGUUACUUAGAAAGCAAAAUGUCGUCUAUAGAUUUUGACCCUGCGAUAAAGUUGUGCUUAAAAUAUUUGCAUUCAAGUGCAUCUGAUUCCACUGAACAACUACGGUUGACUUUAGAUGACCACAUUCGUCAGACUUAUGGAAGUUCUAAAACUCUUGGCAACGUUUUGCCGAAGAAGUAUUUGACUGAGGAAAAGUUGGAAUCACCAAGAUCUAAGCAUAAGACCGAGAAGUCAUCGACUACUAAGACCGUGGCACUGCCUCAAUCAAGUCCACAGCAAAUACAAAUACCAGAACGUGAAAACGAUGACGGAUCUGUUAUGGAUGGAGAGUUAUCUCUGGAUUUAUUAGAAGAAGAUUUGACCUGUGCUGUAUGCAGACAGAUUUCAGUCCAAGCUGGCAAUCGCUUGGUGGAAUGUGAUGUAUGCUGCGCUCUUUACCAUCAGGAUUGUCACAAGCCAGUAAUCAGCGACAAUGACAUAGCAGCGGGGUGGCAGUGUGCUUCCUGUUUGGCAUCACAAGGGAUUACUGGAAAUUACAUCAAGGCCACACCCAAGUCUCCUUCUAACAUAUCUGGUUCCUCUACACCAGUUAAGAUAUCCUCGAGCAGUUCCUCUUCCUCAUCUCCUUCUAAAGUGGUGACUCCCAACAUCAACAUUAUAUCUGCUGAUAAGAGACUGCAGAUCAUGAAGAAGAAGGCUGCUAAACAACAUGAAAAGAAAAAAUCUAAAUGAUAAUAACUCUUUGUUUCUUAGGAAACAAAGUAAAAAGCAAGUGGCAUAUAAUGCCAGUCUAGAAAUAAGCUUAGGAAACUAGAAUACAUUACAUUUUUUAAAUAAUUCUUUUCUUGAUUUCUGGUGAAUGUAGUUAUUACAUGUACCUAUUAAUAUUAUAGACUUACCACAUAAUAUAUUAGUGAGAUUAUGUAGAGCUAUCCUAGAGUUUCAAAUUUGUACUAAUUAUAAAGUUUAUAUCUCUUGUCUGCUGUAUUACACAAAUAAAUGAGCAAUUACUAUUCUA